CUCAGAACUCAUCCCAAACUAAAAUCAACAAAAACAAACCAACCCCCAAAAUAAACAAAAAACAAAACAACCAAAAGAAAAGAAAAAAAAAAAAAACAGAAUUAGAAUUAAUGAGAAAAUAGUCCCUGCCCCCUCAGGAAGGUUCCAGGGAAGAACCUUACCCCCACUCCAACCAAGUCACAAUGGUUGGAGCUCUGAAGGGGAUCAGGCAACCAGACCCAGGAGGAGAUGGGGAAGGCCAAGAAGAGACGAAGACCCGUCCUCCCUAUUUCACCUGGCCAUUGCUGUCCUCCACUCCAGCCGGCCUCCCCUCGAGCCAUCACCAGCGCUGCGGGCCCUCCGAUGCCACCAAGGGCGUGUUUGUGGCCCUGCUCGGUGGAGGCCUGUCUGCCGGCUUCGUGGGCCCGUUCUCCCGCAUGGCCUACCAGUCCUCCCACUUGCCCUCGCUGGAGCUGCUCAUCUUCCGAUGCCUCUUCCAUCUCCCCAUCGCCUUGCUACUCAAGUUCCGAGGCGAUCCGCUGCUGGGGCCUCCUGACGUCCGGGUUCGGGCCUUCCUUCACGCCGUUCUCAACGUCCUCAGCAUCGGCUGCGCCUACAGCGCAGUUCAGGUGGUGCCGGCCGGCAACGCGGUCACUGUUCGCAAAGGUUCUUCCACCGUGUGCUCGGCCCUCCUUGCGCUCUGCCUGGAGAGCCAGGGUCUCGGCGGCUACGCCUGGUGUGGCCUCUUCGGCAGCACCCUGGGACUAAUCAUCAUUGUGGGACCUGGAGUAGGAACACUGCAAGAGGGGACGACUGGGCUCUAUAUGGCCCUGGGCUACAUCCUGGCCUUCCUGGGAGGGCUGGCUCUGUCACUGGGGCUGCAGGUUUACCGGUCUCUUCGCUUCCCCUCCUGCCUACCAACCGUGGCCUUCCUGUUCGGCCUGGUGGGAAUAAUCGUCUGUGUACCGGGCCUCUUUGUGCUGCAGACGCCGGUGAUCCCGCAGGACGUGCUGAGCUGGAGCUGCGUGGUGGCCGUGGGGCUCCUGGCACUGGUGUCCUUCAUCUGUGUGAGCUAUGCCGUCACGAAGGCCCACCCUGCCCUGGUGUGUGCCCUGCUGCACUCUGAGGUCGUGGUGGCUCUGAUACUGCAGUACUACGUUCUCUACGAAGCCGUGGCGCCCACGGACAUCAUGGGAGCCGGGGUCGUCCUGGGCAGCAUUGCCAUCAUCACUGCCCAGAACCUCAGCUGUGAGAAGAAAGGGCAGUGAAGUCGAACCUGAGAGCCUGGGGGGG